UUUUUGGGCUCCAUUUUCAUCCCAGACGACACCGUUUUUCUUUGCUUUCUGUUUUGUAGACACCAAGAAGGAAGAGAAGAAGGCCACGGACCAACCGGCACCGAUGGACCGUGACCAAUCACCAGUGGCAACCACCACCCCCACAACGCCACCAUCCCCCACCCUCCUCCGCCGUCUUAUCAACCUCGACACCACCCUCUCUCUCCACCUUCACACCCUUUUCCAACCCGUUCCCCGCUCCCUCCUCAAAACCCUAGAACUCGCCGGCGACGGCCGUUUCUUCUUCCCCGUCGCCGUUUCUCUACUCUCCUCCUCCUCCCUGCGCCCCAUCCUCAUCCCGCUCCUCAUCGGCUUACUCCUCGAUCUCCUCCUCGUCGGUGUCAUCAAGUACAUCGUUCGGCGACCUCGUCCGGUCUACAAUAAGGGCAUGCAUCUCACUGUUGCCGUCGAUCAUUGGUCCUUCCCCAGUGGCCAUUCCUCUAGAGUUGUCUUUGCUGCGGCGUUUUUGUAUCUUUCCACGGCGCUGAUCGGGGAGGCGGUGGCUCAAUUGAAAUCGACUGAAAGUCGAUUCGAUUCCGAUGAUUCCGGUUCAAGCAACCUACAGUCUGAAUUGGGGGGCUUGCAGUCACUAUGGUCAUGUAUAGAUACAAGAAAUAGGGACCGUUUAUUCUAUUAUUUCUUUCCUCCCAUUUGUUUGUGAGUAUAGUUUUACUCUCGUAUUUUUAGUCCUCAAGUCAUUCUAGCAUAAUUCAUAAAAUCAAGCCCAAGCUUGUAUUUAGGCCUAAACUCUAUUUAAGCUUACUUUGGCUAGGUGAGCUCAGAAUUGUUUAGUGACAGAUGAACAAAGCUUGAGCAUGCUUGUUAGUACUCAAAUUGGGCUGGCUUGUUUGUGCCUAAAAUUCUGUUAAUGUGUCAAUAAGAUAUUAAUAGACUACUAUCAGAUUUUCUUUACUUCAUUCUUCAUUUGUUCGGCUUGUCAUUGGUGAAGCCUUCUGUUUGUAUUUUCAUCUAUCAUGAGGUUCGCAUAGAAAAUUAAGCCUAAAAAUUUUAUGAUAAAUUUAAUUUGUUAUCCUGCUUUAGCACAUAUGGAAAAUACAUUAGGUGAACACAGGUGCCGAGGUGAUUGGCUGGGCCAUCAUCUCGGCUUUUGAGACUUGUCAAGACUACUGUCCCAUUCAUUGUAAAAAGGCAUUCCAGUGUACGAAUUUACUACAUUAUCAAUGUUAAAUCAAGUUAAUAUAAAAACUGGUUCUGGUAAGGUGGUGAUAAAUCAAAGUCAAAUUGGAUGUGCUCUCAUUUUAUCUCAAGUCAAUAGUGGAAGAUAAAAGAAAAACAAGGACCCUGGAUUCAGUGAAUGAAGGAUCACCUUACUCAAUGCUUUAGUCCAUUGCUUCAUAGACUUCCACCAUUUUUUUCCUGGAUGUAUCAACUCAAGUGCCCUUUUCCUCCUAUACUUAUCCAUAUAAGUCCUGUUUACCCUUCUAUAUAUGUUAAGAAAUAAAAUACAAAAAUAGUAAGCCCAAUCAUUUCAAAGCACUUGCUUUAUGAUAAGAUUAUCAGAUAAGAUUAUGUUGCUGGAGUGAUUGACUGACUGAUUGAUUGAUUCUUUGCUUUUGGUUCUAGUUGAAAAAGUGAUCACUAUUCUUCUAAAUUAGCUCCCACAAUGAUUGUUUUGAUAUGCUAGCACCAUCAUUUCUGUUGGCAUUCAAAAGAAUGUGAAACAUACAGAUAAAUGGGGUUUGGUAUUUCUUUGGAUCAACUGAGUUGACGUGUGGGAAGAUACCUGCAAGGGGACCUAAGGAGUCCCAAUUCAUAUUGCCACUUGUUGGAUCAAAUGAAAGCCUAAGAGCUCUUUUAGUUUGGUGUUUUCCAACAGGACUUUAGCAUUAUUGCUAUUUCGGUGUCAAUUUUAGUGGCUAUGCAUGUUUUCUGACUUCUGAGUAUGUUUAUUGUGGAUGAAGUUAAACUUCAAAUGUUCUAUUUUUUUUAGAUAAAUAAAAUAAAGAAACUUGUUUAUGGUGUUCGGUCUUCAACACCAGUUAAAUGUAACUAUCCUAGUGUUAGGCUGGAACCACUACUCCAUUGGUCCUACCAAGGCCAUUAAACAUUGAAUUGGUGGUCUGUUCUUAAGACUGUCCAUUCUGUGUCUUUAUGGCUGGUCCCCAGAUUUUCAAUUGACUGGAGAUGGAAGUUUGCUGUUGGAUGAUGAGGGACGUUUUGUUUUGGUUAUGGAAUAAUGGUGGAUUUUGCCUAGUGGUGGGACAUGAAAAUGUGCUUUUUCAUCUUCGUUGUCCAUUAUGAUCUUUUUAAUUUCUACAAGGUCGGCUUUCUUUUGGAAACUAGUCCCUACCGAAAAUCAUUCAAGCCCUUUGAGCUCAAGCAUGUGCCUAUGCUAGAUUAGCUCCAAAAUGGCAAAAAGAAAAUUCAAGGAAGGAGAAAAGUUAUGAAACAAUGUGGGCUAGAGUUUAUGUGGGGUAGAGAUGCUGUUCUAUCACAGUUUUAAAACUUAUCAGAUAAUGCAAUAGGUAAAAGAAAGUUAGAACACGCCCAGAUUCCAAUGGAUUUUUCAAUUGUCUGACCUUUAGGCAAGAUGAGCGCUCUUUUCCUUUUGGCCUGAGACUUAUUUACUUUUAUCCUUUUCUUGUUUGGGACCUAGGAUGAGUAUUUUUGUCUUCCUGGCCAAGUGGCUGCAAGUCUUCAUGUUCCCUUCGUUCUAGUGUGUUACAAGAUACCAAUCACUUUACACCAAAAAUUCACCUCUUAGAAAACAUUUGUGCUCUCCAUAUGGUAAUAGAAACAUGAAUGAGAAGCUGAGGCAUAACUUCAUUGAUCAAUUAUCAAGAAAAUACUGGGCACCCAGUAUUAUGUUGGGCACUGUUUAUUUGAAAUUGCUUUUGGGUCAUGCACAUUGAGGGUUACCCUUCGAUUCCUUAAUUUGUUUAACAGACUGCAUGUUAUGCUAGAAAAUUCUGGCAAAAUGUAAUACCCUCAUUGAAUAGGGGCACUAGGACCAAAUCCAAUUUUGGCCAGCUAGUUGAAUAGUAAGAUCAUGUGAUCAUCAUAUGUGGCCAUGACAAAGAUAGAUUGUACUACAAUCUGAUCUUUUAGGUCAUAUUGUUGUGGCUGCUGGAGUUCCUUUUUAUGAGUCAUGGUGCUUGAGGUUGGACCAAUCCCAGAAUCCAGAGUCCAGAGCCUGAGUUUCUGAAAUGUUAGACCGGUCAAGCCUCCUUGAUUACGACUAUACUUAGAACAGGAUCUGAGAUAAGAUGAAUGACGCUGAUAUCAUCAUUCUCUCACUUCACUCUACAAUGCAACCUUGUGAGUGCAAACCCAGAGAGCGAGUGAUGCAACCAUGUGAAGCUAUAAGUGGGAUUUGUACAAUUACCAAUUUUUCGGGGUUUGUGGAACCUGAGUUUUGGAUGGAUAUAUAAUGGACAUCAGCGCUCAGGAUAGAGACCAUGCACCAGCCAAAAAGGUUUCAAAGGAAAAAAAAAAAAAAAGAGAGAGAACCACAGGAAAAAUGCAAAGGGAUAUAAUUUACCUGCCCUCUAUGUUAGCAGUGGAGUGGUACCCAUAAUACUUCAUGACUGGCACAAGCAGAGAACCUGGAGAGAGAGAGAGAGAGAGAGGGAGCGAAGCAGAGCAGAAAGACUCAAAAAGAGGACUGACACAGCAUUGAAAGAGAAACAUUGGAGGGAGUUUGGAGGGAUGUGGACAGUGCAUCAUUAGAAGCUCUGCCCCUUUUACCCCACCACUUAUGAUGCUCUAAAUCUCUACUAUUUCAGCUCCCUCUUGUGAUCCCUUUCUUUUCUUUUCUUCUGUGUUUAUGUUUGUGUCUGUCUGAGAGAAAGAAAGAAAGAGAAAGAGAAAGAGAAAGAGAAACAGCUUUCUUUUUCCAAGAGAUAGUCAUGUAGCUUUCAGAUUGUGUGGGGUGUGUAUAAGACAGCAUUUUACUCCUUUUAAAAUCAUUUGCUUUUAUUAAGUUUUAA